GAAAAAGUUCUGGAAAUGGAUGUUGGUGAUGGCUGGUGCACAGCGAUGAGAAUGUACUUAAUGCUAUUGAACUGUACACCUAAAAUCGGUUCAAAUGAUAACCUUUUUGUUGUUUAUUUUACCACAAAACCUGACAUAAUAGGAAAAGUAGUGGUUAAUGCCCUCAACUUGAGAGGGAAUCUGCAGGGCUUCUCCAUGGCUUCCCCACCCAUAGGGAGCUCCCCGACCCUGGGAAGGGGGCUCCCCGCUCUGGGUGGGGGCUCUCCCAGGAGCAGCAGGUGCUUCUUCACCGGAAAGCUGCUCCCUCAGGGCCUGGACUUGUCACGUCCCUCGUCGGGCUGAUGGUGCAGUUCCUCACAAUGGGAGAGGCUAUGCCUCGUCCUUCAGACUGGCUGUCGUCCCAGGGAGUGGCGGGGCGGGGGGCCUCUUGGUGGAGCGCUUUGUCUCUGCUCCCCAGGCCCAGGCUCGGGAGCCGCAGUGGUGCCCAACACUUUUCUACGCUGCAUGUCGCCUCCAGCGGCUCGGAGCUCUGCGCCCUGGGCCGGCUUGCGGGCGCAGCUCCUCCCUUCCCCUAACCCACGCACCCAAUUCUCCGCUUUGCCCUCUUCCAAUAUGGCCGCCGCCGCCUCUGUGACCGGCCUGGUCACGUGGUCGCCGCCUGUGAGGUCGCAGAGGCUUGGACGGCGGCGAUUGUCCCUCCCCACGCGCCGUCCAGAGGCGUCGACUGCCCUUGUCAUCCGGAGCCUGAGCGAUCAUGGCAACGGGCUCGGGCCGGGAGCGCGUGGCAGCGGCGGCGGCAGUUCGGUCGCGGCCCGCGGCGGCGGAGCAGCGGCGGCGGCGGUGGCAGUGGCGCUGGCACCGGCCCUGAGCGCCAUGCAGCGGGGCAGCUCCGAGAGGGAGCUGGCGGCGGAGGCGACGGCGGCGGCGGGGCCAGUCCGCGUGGACCCUGGCGCGUCCGGGGAACCGGAGCGCAAGGCGAGGGAGGAGGGGGCCGCGGCCCGGGCCCCGGCGCAGCCCCGCGCGGCCGAGGAGGGCGACGCCCGUCUCCUCCAGCGGCCGCCGUCCACGCCGCCCGGGUUCAGGAUGAAGCCGGCGCCCGCGCGGGGCCUCGGGCCGCUCGGAAAGCCCCGGGGCAAGGGCCGAGGCGGCAAGCGGAGCCCGGGCCGCCGGUCGGACGAGUACUACUCCGUGCGGCCAGUCACCGUGGACAGCUCCAAGGCCAGGACCUCGCUGGACGCCCUGAAGAUCAGCAUCCGCCAGCUGCAGUGGAAGGAGUUCCCUUUUGGCCGCCGCUCGCCCUGUGACAUCUAUUGGCAUGGUGUUUCAUUUCACGACAACAACAUAUUCUCCGGUCAAGUGAACAAGUUUCCAGGCAUGACGGAGAUGGUGCGUAAAAUUACUCUGAGCAGAGCAGUGAGAAUUAUGCAGAAUCUCUUUCCUGAGGAGUACAACUUCUACCCUCGCUCUUGGAUUCUGCCUGACGAGUUCCAGCUCUUUACUGCUCAGGUUCAAAUGGUGAAAGACGGUGACCCCUCCUGGAAGCCCACUUUUAUUGUGAAACCUGAUGGUGGUUGUCAGGGUGACGGAAUCUACCUCAUUAAAGACCCCAGUGACAUCCGCCUGGCAGGGACCCUGCAGCGCAGGCCGGCGGUGGUCCAGGAAUACAUCUGCAAACCUCUCCUUAUCGACAAGCUCAAGUUUGACAUUCGCCUGUAUGUCUUACUGAAGUCCUUAGACCCCUUAGAGAUUUACAUAGCCAAAGAUGGACUCUCCAGAUUUUGUACAGAGCCAUACCAGGAGCCCACUCCCAAAAACCUGCACCACAUCUUUAUGCACUUAACCAACUACUCCCUGAACAUCCAUAGCGGUAACUUUGUCCACUCGGACAGCACUAGCACAGGCAGCAAAAGGACUUUUUCUAGCAUUCUUUGUAGAUUGUCUUCCAAAGGCGUUGACAUCAAGAAGGUCUGGUCUGAUAUCAUCUCCUUGGUGAUUAAGACCGUCAUUGCCCUGACUCCUGAGCUCAAAGUUUUCUACCAGUCGGACAUCCCUGCAGGGAGGCCGGGGCCCACAUGCUUUCAGAUUUUAGGCUUUGACAUUCUUCUAAUGAAAAAUCUGAAGCCUAUACUACUUGAAGUUAAUGCAAAUCCCAGCAUGAGAAUUGAGCAUGAGCAAGAACUUUCUCCAGGGGUGUUUGAAAAUGUCCCCAGCCUUGUUGAUGAGGAGGUGAAAGUGGCCGUGAUCAGAGACACCCUGCGCCUCAUGGACCCACUGAGGAAGAAAAGAGAGAACCAGCAUACCGCCUCCUGCCGAGACCCAGCAAACCUGCUCUUUCCACAUGCUCUGGGCCCCAACUCUGGACACUCACGUGGCUACCUCCACCUCCUCAGUGAUUACAAUGGAUGGGGCUUGUCUUUCCCCACUGGGUCAAGUGCUUCUGGACUGUGUGCACGUCGCCUAUGUGUCCCAGGCCCCAGGGACAGGUCUCAGCAGCUGGAGAACCCACCAGCCGGAAAGGAAGAUCCUUCCGACAAUGAUCUGCCCAUCACCUCGGAAGGCAACCCCAAACCUGAAGCCCACCUGCCCUCCAUCUGCCUCAAGCAGGUGUUCCCCAAGUAUGCCAAGCAGUUCAACUACCUGCGCCUGGUGGACAGGAUGGCAAACUUGUUUAUCCGGUUCCUGGGAAUCAAGGGGACAAUGAAGUUAGGACCAACAGGCUUCCGUACCUUCAUAAGGAAUUGCAAGCUGAGCAGCAGCAGCUUGUCUAUGGCCGCCGUGGACAUCCUCUACAUCGACAUCACAAGGAGAUGGAACUCCAUGACCCUGGACCAGCGGGAUUCAGGGAUGUGCCUGCAGGCCUUCGUAGAGGCUUUCUUUUACCUGGCUCAGAGGAAGUUCAAGAUGCUGCCCCUGCACCAGCAGGUGGCCUCGCUGGUCGACCUGUGUGAAUACCACCUGUCCCUGCUGGAUGAAAAGCGGCUGGUGUGUGGCCGGAGUGGCAGGUUUGGGAGCCGGCACCCUCACGGCCGCGUGCCCCAGGAAGCCACCCCGGCUGCCCCGCUGGUGGAGGGCCACCUCCCACCCGGCACAGGCAAGCUCUCCCAUUCCACACGCGCUCUGUCCUGAGGGCCGCUCUGUCCUCCCGGAACAAGCAAGCCCUUCCUUCAGGGCUGGAGAGAGGCCCUGGGCUUCCCACGUGGAGAAACGCCGGCUGCCGGGAUCCUGCCGGGACUCUGCGAGCUGUGGGUCCUGCGCUUCGGGAGGCCGCCUGACUCGCGCCCGCCUUCCUCCCAGCGCCUCGUGGUGGUAAACCUGUUUGCAAGUCACAGUGGACAUAUGACAUCCCAAAGGUGACAGAUGGCAUCUCCUAUUCUGAGCUCAUGGGAAGCGACAGUGGGGGUGAAACUGUUGUGUUUGGGGAACCAACAGCCCAGGCUGCGCUGUGGUGAGGAAAGGACGUGAGGCAGCCGAGUCCUGGAUCUGCGGGGCCCAGCGGGAGCGCUGGCUGAAGCCCGGGAGCAUCAUGCCUACUUCCUGCCUCCACUCUGUGGGAUGGAGUGGAAAGGCCCGCGACUCCCCUCCGAUCAUGUGCUACUUGGGUGUAGUUAACAGAUUAGCCUCGUUUAUUUCAUUAGCUUGCCUACUGCUGCAGUGUUCGGUUUGUUAUUAAUUAAGAAAUAAUUAACUAAGAAGUCACUACAGCUUCUCAAGUCUUCAAGCUGGCAGGAGCCACAGGGGUCAUUUUGCCUGAUUUUGUUUGACCUUGACCCCAAGGCAGAAGUCCCAUGGUUGUAUGGCAUCUGACUGAAGCCCUCCCCAUUUGGGGUGCUCUCUGUGUGGCCAGCACUGCCCAGGGCUCCUGUGUGCUGGGCGUCCUGGGUGAGGAGGAGGCUCCUGAGGGGAGGAGACAAGACCUGGUGAGGGUUAGGAUGAAGAGGAACAUGAGGCCAGACCCAGGUGCCAGAGGUGGUGGGUGGAAAAGGGGAGCUCCUUGCAUAAGAGUAGGCUCCCCUCUUGUCUCCACCUGUGUCCCCUCAGAGGGGAAGCCUCACAGGCAGCCACAGGGGCAUUGUGGGUAUGGCCACGGGCAAGUGCAGGCCCAGGGCCAACCAACAGGUGGACAGAGGCUGCCCUUGCAGAGUCACGCUCCCCACAGCAUUGUUGGAUUUGGGUUAACGUGGCCCUUUAAUGCGUCCUGGCAGCCCUGGGAAGAGUUGAUAUCACACUUCGAGUCAGGAGGAUGCCAGGUCUGAGGGCAUCAGCACAGUGCCAGGCACACAGGAGGCUCAGGAAAUGCUCACAAAGGAAGGGCAAGGAGGGUCCUGUGGGCAGGAGUGUGCCCCGGACCAGCACAUCUGUCCGCCUCCCCUGCCGUCCUUGUCUUCUCCCUCCCACCACCCUCCCUGUCUCCUGAGUCCCCUUCACUCAGGCCCACUGGAGCAGUUGAGGCAGCACACACACAGCCGUACACAGUCACGAGCAACUUGCACUCAGUCUCCCAGGAAUGUUGCCAAACCCAAAGACAAGGUUGUUCAUCAAGAUCCUGCCCACUCUUAGCCAGUUACUUUACAGCAGGGGGCCCACCUGAAUCCUUGCUGGACCUUCCUUCCAGCCAGCCCAUUCUCAAUAAAACCUGCUUCCCCUGCAUACGACUCCCAGGCAACGCCCUGUCCUGCGGCCGCCUCCCUCCUGCUCCUCAGAACACAGGGCUGAACCAAGGCCACUCCCUUCCCACCUGGAGGCAGGCUGCUCCGCCAGGGUCAGGGUCUAGAUCUAGAAGGAGUCCCCAUCCCUACAGACACAGCAGAGUAAGCCCUGCCCCCCACACCCCACAGGGUGUUGGGGAAAUGAGGCUGCUGGUUUACAGGAGGCCUGACAGACGGGCCCUGUUUUCCCGAAGCUGUUGAUCAGAGGCCGCUCCUUCGCCAGAGUGAGUGAAGGGAGACUGUCCCACCUCUUUGGUGUCUAACAGAAGCCCCACCGUGUUCGCCCUUCUGGUAACUGGCCACCGGUUUUGCAGGGUGUGACUGAAGCGAUAGCCAAAGCAGACGUUUCCUUCCUCCUAGCAGAGAGGCUGGACCUGGAGCCCAGGCCAGAGCCCAGACCUGUGCUUGCCUGUGGGAUAAGCCCGUCCCAAGAAGGCCCUCGCCUCCACCGGCCUCCUCUCCCCACUCCCUCUAGCUGAUUCCCCCAGGCUGUCCAGCACGGCCCUCACUGUUCCUCUGGCUGAGUCCCUGAGGGCAGCCUCCAGCAGGGGCUCACCUGCCUUGUUUGGGGUGCGUGCAUCACUGGGCAUGGGAGAUGUCGCCUGUGGCCUGGCCGGAACAGGGCAGCGGAGGUGCUUGUAAAGGCGCAUUGGGUCCAGGGCAGCUGUUACCAGGGCCUCUGGAGACAGCACCUCCAUCUUUUAAACAUGCCUCCUUCCCCUGUGUCUCCCUGAGGCUCUGUCCACUCUCCCUAGCUCAGACCUCCUCAUCUCUCUCCUGCCUCUCAACCCCUCAAUCUGUCCUCCAUUCCUCUCAGAUGGAAGAACUCAGAGAACCACAGGCUGACCGCAGGAACCCCUACUCCAACCAACCCUCAUCCCUUCCCCGAUGAAGCCCCCAGACCUUGACGCCAGCACUCAAGGCCCCCUCAUAAUCUAAUCCCUUUCUUCCUGAAACACCUUAGAUCCACACCUCAGGCGCCCUGCCCAUGACCCCGUGCUCCCACUGCUCUUUGUAUCUGUUUUUUUAUUUUAUUUUAAUCUUUAUUGUUGGAAGUAUUACAUAGGUACUUCUUUUUCCCCAUUAAUCUCUUCUAGCCCUCUCCCUUCUGCCCCCACUCUCCUCCCCCCAGGUCCUCA